UGGAGGAGCUUCACGCAGUCUGGAGCUGAAGGGACACAGCGAGCGCCCCGACCCGCGACGCCCCGACUCCGCGAAGGCCUCCCUGGGGGGCUGGGGAAGCGUCAGGGGAUCUCUCAGCGCAGCGCUGGGGCCCAGAUUUCUGCGCCAGUCGUCAGGUGGCCAGAGAGAGACAGCGCAGCGCAGCGCGGAGACGCGGAGACGCAGACACCGCAGGUGGAGAGCCCGCGGUGCGUGAAACAAACCUGUUCUCUCCUCAGACCUCAAGGACAGCGGCUCCACCGCGGUACGCGGCCACCGGCUUUGGAGCCUGGACCCCAACUUGCCUCCUCUCGCGGCAAGACACUCGCCGACGCUCGCUUACCGGCCGAGACUUCGCCGCCAACUCUCUCACCCCUCGAGACGCCCUGGCCGCUCAGGCUCGAAUCCUGCGGAGCGAGGGGCGGGACAAUAGGGGCCGCUGCGCCCCACUCGGCAGAACUCCGCCCACCAGGCGUGAUGCCGGAACUACAUGUCCCAUGACGCUCUGGGAGGCCGCAGCUUUCCACCGGAAAGAGGUUGGUUGAGGUGGGGGAGGAGCCCAAAAGGCAUUGUGGGAGUACAGCUCUUUCCUUUCCAUCUGGCGGCAGCCAUCAGGUAAGCCAAGAUGGGUGCAUACAAGUACAUCCAGGAGCUAUGGAGAAAGAAGCAGUCUGAUGUCAUGCGCUUUCUUCUGAGGGUCCGCUGCUGGCAGUACCGCCAGCUCUCUGCUCUCCACAGGGCUCCCCGCCCCACCCGGCCUGAUAAAGCGCGCCGACUGGGCUACAAGGCCAAGCAAGGUUACGUUAUAUAUAGGAUUCGUGUUCGCCGUGGUGGCCGAAAACGCCCAGUUCCUAAGGGUGCAACUUACGGCAAGCCUGUCCAUCAUGGUGUUAACCAGCUAAAGUUUGCUCGAAGCCUUCAGUCCGUUGCAGAGGAGCGAGCUGGACGCCACUGUGGGGCUCUGAGAGUCCUGAAUUCUUACUGGAUGGAGUCUCACUCUCACCCAGGCAGGAGUGCAGUGGGGCAAUCACGGCUCACUGCAACCUCUGUUUCCCGGGUUUGAGCAAUUCUCCUGCAUCAGCCUCCCAAAUAGCCAGGACUACAGGCACACACUGCCACGCCCAGCUAACUUUUGUAUUUUUAGUAGAGACGGGGUUUCACUAUGUUGGCCAGGCUGGUCUCGAACUCCUGACGUCAAGUGAUCCAGCUGCCCUGGCCUCCCAAAGUGCUGGGAUUACAGGCGUGAGCCACCACACCCAGCCCAAUUUUUAUUUUUUGUGCAGACAGGAUCUCACUCUGUUACCCAGGUUGGUCUUGAACUACUGGCCUCAAGCAAUCCUGCCUUGGCCUCCCAAAGUGCUGGAAUUACAGGCAUGAGCCACCACACCAGGCCCAAAUUUACUUUAGUAAUAACAACAAUUGACUGGGUGCAGUGGCUCAUGCCUGCAAUCCCAACACUUUUGGAAACCAAGGUGGGCUUGAGCUCAUGAGUUAGAGAGCAGCCUGAGCAAUGUAGUGAGAGCCCAUCUCACAAAAAAUAAAUUAGCUGGGCAUGGUGUUGCACGCCUGUAGUCUCGAAAUUACACCACUGCACUCCAUCUUGGGUGAUAAGAGCCAGAACUUGUCUCAAAAAAAAAAAAAAACAAUUGGUUUCUUGUAAUCCCAAAAGGUGCAGUUACUAGUAUUAAUUCUUUUUUGCCAAUGAGGAAACACAAAGAUGAAGCAACUUGCUCAAAGUCAUACAGUGACAGUCUGAAUUCAAAUCCUAUACACUUAAAGUUUAUUUGUUUUGGUUUGAUUUUUUUUUGAGAUGGAGUCUCACUGUGUUGCAAGGCUGGAGUGCAGUGGCACGAUCUCAGCUCACUGCAACCCGGGUUCAAGCGAUUCUCCUGCCUCAGCCUGCCGAGUAGCUGGGACUACAGGCACGCACCACCACGCCCAGCUAAUUUUUGUAUUUUUAGUAGAGACAGGGUUUCACCAUGUUGGCCAGACCUCAGGUGAUCCUCCCCCCUUGGCCUCCUAAAGUGCCGGGAUUACAGGUGUCAGCCACUGCACCCGGCCAACUUAAAGUUUUUGAUAGAUAAUACAUUAAAGUUAAAAAUUCAAAAGAUAAGUAUAGGCUCUACAGUACAAACCCUUCUGCCUCCUAGUUCCCCUCCCUGGAGGCAAUGUGAUCAGUUUAACAAUAUUUUUUUAUUUUGAGACGGGGUCUCACUGUUGCACAGGCUGGAGUGUAGUGGCAUGUUCACAACUUACUGUAGCCUCGACCUCCUAGGCUCAAGCAAUCCUCCCACCUCAGCCUCUCAAGUAGCUGGAACCACAGGUGCACACCACCAUGCCAGGCUAAUUUUUGUAUUUUUUUGUAGAGACAGGGUUUCAGUAUGUUGCUCAGGCUGGUCUCAAAGUCCUGGGCUCAAGCAAUCUUCCCAUCUCUGCUUCCCAAAGAGCUGGGAUUACAGGUGUGAGCCACUGUGCCCGGCCUACAUAUGUAUUUUUUCCUUUUUUUCCCCAAGUAGUAGGAUAUGAUACACAUUGUUGAUUUUUUUGUUUAGUUAUGUAUCUCAGAGCUUAUUCUUUAUCAGCUCAUGAGGAAUUUUUUUUUUUUUUUUUUUUGAUAUGUAGUUUUGCUCUUGUAGCCCGGAUUGGAGUACAAUAACACAAUCUUGGCUUGCAGCAACUUCUGCCUCCCACGUUCAUGCGUUCUCCUGCCUCAGCCUCCCGAGUAGCUUGGAUUACAGGUGCCUGCCACUACAUCCAUCUAUUUUUGUAUUUUCAGUAGAGACAGGGUUUCACCAUUUUGGCCAAGCUGGUCUCAAACUCCUGACCUCAGGUGAUCCGCCCAUCUCAGCCUCCCAAAGUACUGGGAUUACAGGCAUGAGCAACCGUGCCCGGCCGGAACUUCAUUCUUUUGGUAUAACUGCAUGGUAUCCCAUCAUGUGGAUGUACCAUGAUUCAUUGGAUGUGGACCCUCCUGAUGGACAUUUAAAUUUCUUCCAAUCUGUUGCUAUUACAAAAAAGAAAAAUGUGUGCAUACAUCUUUAUUCAUCUGUAGAAUAAAUUCUUAGAAUGGCAGAGUUAAAAAUUGUAUGUAUGUAAUUUUUUAUAGAUAUUGCCAAAUUGUCUUCCAUAAAAGUUGAACCAAUUUUCAUUACCACCAGCAAAGUAGGAGAGGACUUGUUUAUCCACACCCUCUUUAAUGUAUGUAAUCAAAUUUUGGGAUAUCUGCCAUUCUGUUAGGGGGAAAUGAUACUGUUCUCUACUUUUAUUUUGCGUUCUGAGUGUGGCAGAGGCAAAGCUACGUGCAUACCAUAGCUUUUUCUCCCCCUGAAAACACAACUAAACUACAUUGUUUUCCUGGCCUCGCAUGCAUUUAGGUUGGGGUCAUAUUACUUCCCUCCAAGAAAAACAGUUGGUAUGCCUCCUCCACACUUCCCACAACUGUGGAAGCCAGUGAUCCAGAUAGCAUAGCUAUUAAUACAAGAUGGAAGAAAGCUGCUCAACCCCAUCAGACAGCAUGAGUGGUAAGAUUUUAUUGUGUCAAACGACUGCAUUAGUUGUGUUUUGUUAUUAUGGCAGCAUAGCCUAGCUUGGCCCUAACUAAUUCAAUAAAUAAAGUUGAGCAUUAUUUGUACAUUUAAGAGCGUUUUUUAUGUUUGCUUUACAGUGGCUUUCCACUUUUCUAUCAGAGAAUCCCCCCUCACUUAUGUACCAUGCUAUAUUAAUAAAUUGGAAGGAGCUG